AAAAAUUAAAUUGUUUAUUAUUUUUUUAGCAACAGCAAUUACGUUUUUAACCAUUCAACCCCCCACAGAUUAAAUGGUACGGUCCGCAACUGUCAGGUUCCUGCACUCGGUUGCUAGGAGGCGGAGAACGCCUGAACGCUAGAACUAAAGCGCAGGGGAAAGCUCUGCCUCACACUUUUAGCAUCAUUAGCGGUUCUACUUUAUUCAUUUCUACACCGAGGGAUACUCCUGUGGAUAUGUCGGUAUGGACGGUUCGGCAGGGAAGCGUGUUUACAUGUUGUUUUGCUCCUUUUACCGUUGUCCCGCCGCUAGCGCGUAUUAAAACUAAGUGAACAUACUCACAAUUGUUUACAAUGGCCGCCGAGUGUACGCAAGAGGCAAUCCUGGAUUUUGUGAAGGAGAAAGGGGGCAAAGUGAAAAACACGGAUUUAAUUGAGCAGUUUAAGGCUGUAUUCCCGGAGGAGCCGGAGAAGAAGGCGGCGGCCCGUGAGAGAUUUAAAAGCUACGUUGACGGCAUUGCUUUUGUAAAAACUGAGAGUGGAGUUAAAUACGUCUGCCUGAAGAAAAAGUUUCGCGGUUCAGUGAAGCAGCAAAGCUCGAGUGUGAGCAGUGGGACAGAAACGGAACCAGUGCAAGUUUUAAAUCAACAGAAACUCAUUCACCGUUCUCCCGCAGCUUCACAGCGGGCGGACAGCAGUCCGGUCAGUGACGCGGAGCUUCCAGCCCAGCAACGAACACUAACUUUACCUGCCUCAAGUUCCGGAAAUGACAACCAGGUGAGACCGCAUGAUUUCCUGCCUGCAACCAUUUUGCCUGACAAAACAGACGACAAAAGUAAGUGUCGCGAAGUUGUUUGUAUAGUCGAGGAGGUGGGCAGCAGCUCCGGUGAGAUGGGAAACAGAGAAAGCUUUCGAAGAGAGAGGAGGCAGUCCAAGAAGGAGCUGGUUGGAAAAGUGCCUGGCAUACCAGAAAUCGCAGUGAUUGAAGCUUCGCCUCUCCCUGCGGUGGGAUCGACGUUCACCCUGCCUGGGCCUGUACAAACCGGUACUACAGGACAGGUAGACUCAGCUACUGCUGGACGCAGUCCCAGAGACAGACAGGUUGAGACGGAGUCUCUGUCAGUAGAAGGCCCGAAGGAAGCGGAGCAGAUAAAUGUGUUGACCAGGCGGCAAACCUCAAGAGGAUCCCAGCACAGAUCCAGACAGCCGCAGUCAGACGAAGGGCAGGAUGAAGGCCAGUUGGAUACACAUAGUUUGUCUGGGAGUGAAGGAAACGGCAGCCCGAAAGGCAGCCGCAAACACUUCAUCAAGGUCAUGAUGAACAGUUCCCCCCAGGUGAGGCGCAGCAUGGUGUUACGCAGCUCAGUUUACCUGUCCUCCAGGAGGGACAGUGACUCGGCUUCCUUGUUCUCCUCCAACCUGGAUGACGACAGGACCUCAGUCACUCUGGACCCGCUGGAACACGAGUGGAUGAUGUGUGCUUCGGAUGGGGAGUGGGACAGCUUGUACCGCCUCCUCAAAACUGAGCCCAGCCUCGUCCUGAGGAAGGAUUUCAUCACUGGUUUCACCUGCCUGCACUGGGCAGCCAAGCACGGCAGGCCGGAGCUGAUAGCCCUGUUUAUCAGCUUUGCCAAACAGCACAGUAUUCCCAUCAGUGUUGAUGUUCGAUCCAACACUGGCUACACGCCGCUGCACCUAGCUGCCAUGCACAACCACAUGGAGGUGGUGAAGCUCCUGGUGGGUGCCUACGACGCAGAUGUGGAGAUCAGAGACUACAGUGGGAGGAAGGCCUGCCAGUACCUCACUGACAGUGUGAGUGUGGACAUACAGGACAUCAUAGGAGCAUACGAGCGUUCUGACUCAGAGAACGCAGACCGCAGCGAUGGAGGCCGCUGGAGGUUCUCCAAGGUUCUCCAGUCUAACCUGAAGCCCCUCAAGCUGCUGAACCCCAAUGACUGUGACUCUGUGGACGGGGAGGUUCGACCCAGACAGAAACCCCUCAGGAGGAAGUCUUCACUCAGCAGGAUGAAGCCCAAACUGCAGAAGCUCCGCUUGAAGACGUCGCAGAUUGUCCACAGCACGUCGUUCCGUGACCCAGAGGGGCAGGAGGGGUCUGUGAAGGGUUCCUUUAAGUCCAGACCCAAGACAUAUUUCUUUGGGUGAGAUCAGUACUGACACAGGACAGGAAAUGGUUUACAGGGAUGUCGACAGUUAAAGCACAGAAUGUUUGCAGAAAUGUGGCAAAAGACAGUUUUUAAGACAAUUCUUCCGUUGCAUUGAAAGACUGGGCCAAAUGAACAAAUGAGCGCAGUUUGGAGCAGGGGUUCAAAUUGUGUGGGCUUUUUUUUUAUUAAUGCAGGUGAAAGCUGAUACUUUGGGUUGAAUACAGCAUCUCAAAAUGUGAUCAUUUUUAUGCCAAACAAUCAGUAAAACCUUUAUCCUUGAUCUCUGAAACUCAGUUUAGUCAAAUUGUUCCAUUAGACUCAUUUUGGUUGUCUUCCCAUCAAUAACUAACUAAUAAAUGUUGGCCCUGGCCAUUUGUACUGCAAAACGGUCGAGAUGUCCAGGCAGCCGGAGCCUCAGGAACAUCGGUGAUAUCCGAUGGAGAUCAUCGAUCACUCCCCUCUCUAACAGCGUCCUGAAAUGUUUGAUAGAUGUCAGUAAAUCUCUGCUAGUACAACAAGUCAAGCUUGCAGCAGUUUUAAGUGCAAAGAGCAUGAAGACUCAACAAAUGGCAUGAAAUGACCCAAAGCAACAGCGGUAGUCCGUCUCUCAGUACAGUACUCUGACCUCCCUGCUGUCUGCGGCUCUCAGCUCCAAGCCCAUUGGUUGGAAGAUGUAAAUCUUUAAAAACACCUCACAGAUAUAUAGUUUCAUUUUUUAAAAAGGCUCAGCUGGCCACUGUAGUUUCUAAAACGUUAAACAGGAGGAAACAGGGCCAUACACACACAAUACUUGUUAGUAGAUGCAUUCACUGUUGGUUUUGCUUGGCACAUGGGAUUUGUUGACAAUUAAAAAAAAAAAAUAGAAUAUCACCAGCACAUUGUAAAUAAAUGUAUUAAAUAGCAACUAGGCCCUUUAGCACCGCACUUAAUUGGUAUUUAUUUGAGUUUUUCCUCUUUUAAUUGGUUUUGUUUGAUUAUAUAAAUGCUUUUUCACUACAGAAACAGCACAGUAAGAACUUUCCGGUGAUAUACUGUAUAUUACAGAUUUUUGGCUCCAUGAUCUACCGCAAAUGCACAUUGUGUUACAAUAUUUAUCAGUUUGAAAAGAUAACGUAGAUUAGAUGUUAAAACAUACUGUAGACGGUGACGUUCCUUGUGAUGUGACUGCAGGUCAGCCUGCUUCUCUUUAUCCACAGCUGACACUAAAGCCUCUUGGCCUCGAGGCCGUAAUCUGCAGGCAGAUUCCGUGUCACAAGGUUGUAGUGUGAGGCCAGGCCAGUGGUAUUAAGAGAGAAGUUCUGGUCUUGGGUAAUUUUCCUUUGCAUACUUUACAGGGCCAGAAUUUUAAUCUGGGGACUAAUGUCACCAGCAUUUGAAAAUGAAGUAACAGACCUCCCCUGGAAACACUAAAGCCAUCUGGCGAGGGCUAAGUCCAAUAAACUGGAUAAGUCCUCUGGUUAAGGAACUGCACAGCACUGGAGUUUACAAAUGGUUUACUUAACAUGAGGAAUGUACAGCAGCAGAAUGUCCAAUAUUUUGCAAGUUGUUUAAUAAAUGUAUUGCAUGAGAUGGUGGAUGGAAACCAGACUGGAAAACAACAUUAUCAAACCAGCAAUAAAAGGACAGUUUCAGAGCAUGGAA